AUGCGUCUCCUACAACACAACUCUAAGGGGGAGAUCCGCCUGACCAGGGAAUAUGUUGGCAACGAUGUUCCACCAUAUGCGAUACUUUCGCAUACUUGGGGCGCUGAGGAGGUCAGUUUCAAAGACCUCAUGGAUGUUACAGGUCAGGAUAAACUCGGGUAUGACAAGAUCCGGUUUUGCGGAAAACAGGCCUUGCGGGAUGGCUUGCUAUACUUUUGGGUGGACACAUGUUGCAUCGACAAGUCAAACAGCACCGAGCUUCAAGAGGCUUUCAACUACAUGUAUCGCUGGUACAGGGAUGCAGCCAAAUGCUACGUCUACCUUUCCGAUGUCUCGAGACCUGCCUCCGAUGCUAACGACAACUCUGGUCGACAGCAGUGGAUGCCGGCUUUUCGGAAUAGCAGAUGGUUCACCCGUGGCUGGACUCUUCAAGAGCUUAUUGCUCCAGCGUCGAUUGAGUUCUUUUCUAAAGAGGGCACGAAGCUGGGGAACAAGAGUUCUCUAGAGGAACCGAUCCGUGAAACAACGGGAAUCCCUCCUGAUGCCCUUCGAGGCAGUCCUUUGCCUAACUUCAGUGUUUCUCAGCGGAUGUCCUGGAUAAAGAGACGCAAUACUACCCGCGACGAGGACAAGGCGUACUCGCUGUUUGGCAUCUUCGAUGUCCAAAUGCCUCUUCUCUAUGGGGAAGGGAGAGAAAAGGCAUUCAAACGACUCCAAGAAGAGAUUGACAAGGUUUCGAAGAGCAAGCUCUCGGCACCUAUCACCUACCAGCCCAAGUGCUUCAAGUGUUCGUUCCUUUACGUCACAAAUUUGGACAUUAUGCCAACGACCCCCACUGCUACAAAUGCCUGCGGCGAAUAUGGACACUACGCCAACGACGUUCACUGCUACGAUUGCGGCAAAUUUGGACAUUAUGCCAAUGAGGUUCACUGCUAUGAAUGCGGUGAAUAUGGCCAUUAUGCCAAAGACUGCCCACUGCGAUAA